AUGAGUAUCGUCGAGCAAGCCAGGAAGAGGUUUGAGCCUCGACCAUAUUCUACACAGUCAGCUUCCAGCAAUUAUUCAACUAAUUCGAGAGCGGGUUUCUCUCCUCAGACGAGUUCAGCGCAGUCCUCCAUUAGCGAGAAGCUGCUAACUCGUAUUUCACCUUCGUCCAGUGGAGGACUGCCUGUAUAUUCAAUAAUACGGGACGUAAAGCAGACAAGACAGGGCGGAUUUAACUAUGGCGGUAUCAACGGCACUGGCCAAAUCCCACAGUUGAUUGGGAACUACGGACUCAUCGACCGUGACACGCCGUUGGAAGCACGUACCAAGUUCUCAUACCAUACCGGUGAAGAGAUGGUCCUCGUGUUCUCGGACGAGUUCAACGAGGACGGGCGGACUUUUUAUCCUGGAGAUGAUCCGUAUUGGGAGGCGGUUGACCUUUGGUACUGGGGUACGGUCAACUUGGAGUGGUACGAUCCGUCCCAAGUGACGACAAGCGGCGGGUCUCUGCGACUUCACUUGGAUCGCGUCGAUGAUCCUUCGACAAAUCAUAAUAUGAGCUUCAAAGGCGGAAUGCUGCAAUCAUGGAACAAGUUCUGUUUCACGGGAGGAUUGAUUGAAGCGUCUGUUCAACUGGGAGGAUCACCGGAUGUUGGUGGGCUCUGGCCGGCGGUUUGGACAAUGGGAAAUCUGGGUCGAGCGGGAUACGGAGCUACCCUCGAGGGACUAUGGCCGUAUAGCUACGAUGAAUGCGAUGUUGGAACAACCAAGAAUCAAACGUACCCUUGGGAUAAGACACGGCCAGAACAGGCAACAGUUGAAGGUGACGGCCUCUACGACGACGUUUUGUCAUAUUUGCCUGGUCAACGACUGUCCGCCUGUACAUGCCCGGGAGAGUCGCAUCCUGGGCCCAUGAGAAGUAAUGGGUACUUCGUUGGAAGGGCUGCUCCAGAAAUUGAUGUUUUGGAGGCCAUUGUCGAAGAUGGUGUCGCCCAGAUCUCCCAGUCGGCGCAAUGGGCGCCAUUCAAUGCUCAGUACGCCACCAUCGACUCAGAAAAUAGCAUCAUCUUCCACAAUACAAGUACCACCACGUUCAAUCCUUUCCUUGGCGGUGCAUUCCAACAAACCACUAGUGGACUCGUGACGACCAAUCGGGAUUGCUACGAGCGAUCGGGCCCCGAUGCAUGCUAUGCAACUUAUGGGUUUGAGUAUCGACCUGGUUUCGACGACGCAUAUAUCACAUGGAUCAGCGAUGCAAGGCCGACUUGGACGAUUCUGCAGCAACGUCUCGAGGCGGAUCCAAGGGUCGAUAUCGGACAGCGAAUUGUUUCUCGAGAGCCAAUGUACAUCAUUGCCAAUCUAGGUCUUUCUCCGAGCUUCGGUGACCUUGACCUGGAAACGAUCGAAGUUCCCGCUACCAUGAGCAUUGACUGGAUUCGUGUUUAUCAGCCUGCAAAUGCCGUCAACAUUGGCUGCGACCCGAAAGAGUUCCCCACAGCCAAGUACAUCGAAACCUACAAGGAGGCAUACGAGAAUGCGAACCUUACCACCUGGGAGGAGUUCGGCCAGCCCUGGCCUAAGAGUAGAAUGGACAACGAGGCUGGAACCUGCGAUUAG